AUGUAUCGUAGUCGGCUUAGAAUAGUGAAUAUUUAUUGUGUUUUACAUUGUUUUAAGCGGCAAUCGUCGAUUGUACCACGACGGUGUAUAUACAGGGGGAAAGGCGGUGGUAUAAGCGUGUUUACGACGCCUCAAAGCGCGGAUGUUUUUGUGGCUAGUUUGCACGAGGAAGAACGCGUACUGCUUCGUGAAGCUCUAAGAAUACAUGAUCAAGCUGAUGAAGACACAGGUAGUCUGAAAUGAGCGUAUACUGACCCGAAAAAUAUGACAUAUUAUUCCAUGGAUCAUUUUUUUGCUUUGCACAACGUUGUUCGUGGGUUAUGCGUGUGUAUCAAUAUGUCCAUAAUUAUUCUCUUUUUUUUGUCUUCCUUUUAUUCAAUAGGAAAGGAAAACUCAAAUCCUCCCUCAGUUAAACAGUUAAGAUUAGGUAAUGUAACGUCAUCUGUAUAUAAUGUUCAGAACGGUUGGUUUCCAUGCUCAUAUAAGCAACCUUGGAUAAACAAAAAAUUGUAUCAACUCGUCGGCAUAAAUUAUGCGUGCAUGAAUGAGGUAUGGUGUACCAAAAGGGACAAGUACCACUAAAAAUGAAGGGGGUAACUGUACCGCUGUGGCUAGUGGGACAGAGUUUGCUAUGUCAUUGUAAGAGAAGAUUAUGCCAACUCUUUGAAUUGUUAUUGGUGCCUCACACACACAUACGAAAUCUCCGGUCUCCUAUGCAGUUCCCCAAACUUCACAGAUUUAGGCUAGUUUAUAUAUUUUACUUUGACGGUUUACAAAUGGAUUUUGAGGAGUUGUUGUACUUUUGAGAUUUUUUUUUCACUAUGGAUGAUUGGAUGAUGGUUGUCCAUUUUAGCAACCUUUGUCUCCAGUUUGUAAAAGCAAAUUGAUAUUAAAUUGUCAACAACAACAACUUACAACAAAAAAAUUGGGAGGGGACCAGGGGAGGGGGGUACAUUGUAAACUGAAGAAUACAAAGAAAUCCUUCUUGUGUGGAUAGAAAGCCAUACCAGAAAAAAAUGUUUGUUUUGAAGUUAUGCCCACUAUGCGGUGAAGGUUGCCUCUUAGUCUCUGAUUUAACCCUUCAACUCCCAGACCUGCUUAACAUGAAACUUCUUCCUAUCAUAUCCAUACAUUAUCCAGCAAAAAUGUAAUGAGAAUACUCAAACUUAUCCGAUAGAAGUUGCUAUUUUGAUCUGAUUGCAAAUUCUCGUAACUAAAGAUCAGAUCUUGGGAGUUAAAGGGUUAAUUACACAUAGUAUGAAAAAGUCAAUUUUUGUGAAAGUUGUAUGGUCUAUGUUUUGUUUUUGUAUAGUGUGAAUUAUAACAUGGUAACAUGUAUCAGUGUUUGCAGGAAAAUUUUGAAUAUUUUGGUCGGCACAUAACACUCCUUUCUAAUUGUAGUUACUGAUGAUGGUUGCUGAUGGGAAAUUUUCCCCCAUCAAUGAGUGUCUGUCUUAAGCAAAAACAAGUUUCUUGUUAUUCUCUUUACUCAUCGGUAUAUAUUUUUUUUUUCAGUUGCAUUUCAUAAUGCCAUUCCAUUUAUUGGAUUUGGGUUCUUGGAUAAUGCCAUUAUGAUAAUUGCUGUGAGUACAAUGCACCAGAUAUGAGACAUAAUAAAUGCUCUUAUGGUCUGCUUUUUAUUUUUUGAGGGAUUGCAAGAGGGAUCUCUGAUCCCAUUUCACCAACAAAUUUUAGAAAAAUUCAUGGGUCACAUGUUCCUUUAUCAGUUCUAUGUCACAAAUUUAAAAGGACAAACUGCUAAUCUCACCUUGGCGCUAAACACACAUCUCGUAUAUUAAAUCCUUUGCUACCCUCUCAAAAGAACCAAAGAUAAUGGAGCUUGCAUCAAGAGGAGACUCUGAGGACCUUUGUUAAUGUCACUAAUGGACUCAACUACAGUGUUUGCAUCCAUCUAAUAGAAGUUCUUACUGACACAGGGUUGCUUUACAAUGAUUUUGGGAAUGAAAAAUCAGGACUUUAAGUUUGUGUCCACUAACAUGUAAUUGUGUUUGUCUGCUUUUAAUGGGACAUAACACAUUUUGGCUCUUAUGGAUGUGAGAUCUUGGGCUGAAGUAUAUAUGGAUUGUUAUGUAUUGGGAGUUGCAAAAAUUUCCUUUCUAACAAGAGAGGGAACUGUUUCUCACAAUUACCUAAUAAUGUUACCAUCUUUUAUCUAUUUUUAAGGGAGAAUACAUAGAUGUAACAAUUGGACUGACCUUAGGGAUUUCAACAAUGGCAGGUUUGAUUUGAACUUGUAAUUUUGUUUUAUAUGUUGCUGAAUAAAAUAAAGAUGUUUAAAUGUGUGCAUGCAUAUCUCAGCAAAAUUUUACCAAAUAGAAAUGAGCAAUGUAAGGUCUAGUGAGGAGCCAGUGCUUUUCAUGGCAAAAGCAAGUUGUUCUGUUUGAGUUUAAGUAAUUACCCAGUAGUAGAAGUGCUUAGGCCUCUUUGCUAGUGCACGAUAGUGUUUCAUUCCUUAUUUUCUUUUUGACUUUGUUAGUGGUUAUCUUGUAAUAAGUAUAACCCUUUAACUCCCACGAUUUCAUUAGUAAUUCUCCUUACUGUCUGCCAUACAAUUUAUACAAGCUUAGUUUAGAGAAUUUGGAAUUGGAUCAACCAAUAAUCCCCAAAUUGAUAUUUUUCUUCAUUCUCAUCACUCAUCUGGUUGAUAUUGUAUUGAUAUUGUAAGGAGAAAUUCUGUCUUGGUCACUCAUGGGAGUUAAAGGGAUAAUGUGUGGGGUUUUGGUGUACUUGGUAAUGAGAAAUAUCCAAAUUUUGAUUUUGAAUUUCAGCGGCAGCCCUUGGUAAUAUUGUGUCUGAUGUCUCUGGAAUAGGGUAAUUGCAUUUAAUUUGGGAAGAAAAAAUUUAUUUUCAAUUUUGUUUUGAUUCUGUGAGUUUGUUCUUUCUCGUUGUAUUCAGUUAUGACUCUCUAUUUGUUAUACUUGAUGCAGCUUAGCUCACUAUGUUGAGGCAGCGACAAACAGACUUGGCUUUGAGAGCCCUAACCUUAGUUCAAAACAAACAGAGAUGCCAAGGACAAGAUUUGUAACAAACUUGGUGAGGGUUGCAUAAAAUUUAUUGGGAAAAAAACGAAUGCUGGAAACCUUGUUUUAGGUGUUACGUUUCCACUAUUUCUGUUAAAAAAAAACAGAUUAGGAGACAGACUGACAGACGUCAGCUGGUCGACAGUUAAAGAGGGUGUAAGACAGACAGAAAGACAGACAGAUGGACCGACAGAAAGACAGACAGACAUACAGAAAGACAAACAGAUGAGCUGACAGCCAAAAUGAUAGUCAGGAAAAGAUGGACUGACAGAAAGAAAGACUGCCCGAUAGACAGAUGGGAUGGUAGUCACAAUCAUGAUGUUCAGAAAGAGUGAUAGAUGGACUGACAGACAGACACAGACUGACAGACAGAUGAUAGCCAACAGUUUAACAGACAGUUAAACAGAUAGAUAGAAAAAAACUUAUGGACAGAUUGGUAGAGAAGGUUUAAUUGCAGACUAUAAAAUAAAAUAAAUUAAGAAAGGAAGAUAGAAAGGGAAAUCUGUCAUUAGUGAUAAUUAAAAAGUUGAACUGUGUUAGGUGAUUUUUUCGUUGUGGAUUGGAAACUGUUUGCUUUCCAAAGGAAGUAAUUAAUGCAGACUGUGAUAUAACUGUGAAACAUUGGAAUAUUUCUCUGUCCUCGUUCUCUAAUUGAGUUCUUUUCUUUCUCAGGGAAGAGCCUUGGGUAUUGUUGUAGGAUGUUUUGUAGGGAUGUUUCCAUUACUCUUUUACAACAGCAAAGAAGACCAUGAAGAAAAGUCAACACACAAUGAAAUUAAACAAUAAAGUAGUUAAAAAUAUAAGUAUAAUUAUAGAAAUUGCUUAAUGACAAAAUUAACCUGGUGUAAAGAUGCCUGGUUUGAUAUAGUAUGAAUGCUGUUGGCACUUUUCAUGGGCCUUUUUCAUGGCGAUCUCUCACACAUGUUGUUUGUCUUCUUGCCAAGCACCUGCUACACAGGCAAUGACAAAUGUAUAAUUGUCAUUAGUUUUAAAUGGGUUCCCUUUUAUCAUGGUAGAUAUACAUGGUAGACUUGCUAUUGUGAAUCCUCGAUUCACAAUCAGAAAUUCUUUUUAAAAAAUUAGUAAUUUACAGCCUUGCAAAUUGUCAGAUUGUAGAAAAUAUGAGUCUUAAACUUACAUAAAACUCUUCACAUUAUUUUGGACAAUUUAUGGAAAUAUUAUAUUUUUGCAAACAGUAGUUGCUAAUUACCUCUCACAUAUUUUGGGUAAUGGCCAGUGGCGUUUCUUAGAGAUAUACUGAGGUUUUAUUGUUGUUUAGAACUUUUUCAUCACACAGAGGUCUGUGAAUUUAUCUGUUGAGCAAUAUAAUUUAUAGUUGGGUUUCUUGCUCAAAGUUACAUAAAGUUAACAUAUAUAUUUAAAUUAUUUUACCGGAAAAUGUGAAAAUUUAAUUAAUAAAUUACCAUACACUGUGGUUACAUUUGUAGAUGGUCAUGUAGAUUGCUAUUCAUUUGGAUUUUAUGAAAGAACACAGUGAAUACAGCAGGCUGCUUCUUACCAGAUAGUCAGAUGUCUCCACCAAUGCCACCUUUGACCAGGAAUAACUGGAUGUUGUAGGGUCUUGUGAUAGAGGAUGAGGAGUACUUAUUUAAAGGCCAUGGGUUUGAUUCCUCUUUUUCCUAAUGGGUACAUCAAAGUUAGGCAAAUCAAUUUGAAAACAUGAGGCAGUGUUGUUGUUGAGUGUAUAGGACACUGGACAUGUAAUCUGUUGGUCCUGUGUCAAAAUCUCCAACAUGCUACUCCCUGGAUCUGUUCUUAGUUGUCUUGAGUUUGAACCCUCUGGCUAUGCUAACUCUGGAAAUAGCUUUGAGUUUAAUUAUAAUAUUUUGCUCAUGAUGUCUUUCUAUUGGCCCUGAAAAGCUCCCUUGGCAUAGUAGUCAAUUAAAUUAAUAUGCAUUUAGUUAUUUAUUGGUAAGUUAUUCUAAUAGCUCUGGUGUGGCCGCUGUUAAAGCUAAAACGUGAGUAGAAUAUGUUACUAAGAUUAAAAGCAGAUUUAAAAGGAUCAGUUCUAAUUUUAGAUUUAAAAGAAGAAAUACAGGC